AUGACCGUGAGGUUCACCGAGAGGACUGUCCUACUUUUUGGCUCCCUCAUCUUCUCUCUGGGUCUGAUUCUCUCUUACUUCGCCCCCAACCUGGAGUUUCACGUCCUCACCCUGGGCUUAAUGACAGGAAUUGGUAUGACGAGCACCUCAAUUCCAAGUCAAAUAGCCGUUGGAAAAUACUUCGACAGGUAUAGAUCUCUGGCUAACAGCAUUUGUUUCUGCGGUUCGAGCUUAGGGGUGAUGUCAUUGCCGCCUCUGGUCAUGUAUCUCAUCCACCAGUAUGGUUUGCGGGGAUCAUUCCUUAUUUAUGGCGGGCUUUUGCUUAACUGCGCUGUAGGCGGGGCACUUGUGAGGCCCUUCAAGGGAGCUAACUCUAAAGGAGAGGCGAGUGAUUCCAAUGGCGCGGACGACAGGGAAAGUGGACGCUUAAUGGUUCUUUCCACCACAGAAGGAUUACGCGUUCAGUCUAAUGGAGCAAAUGCAGAGGCAGCCGGACUGUCACCUGCCCAAGGUGUUGCUUCUGUGGAGAACACGGGGAGUAGCAAUGAUCAAGACGUGCCAGGCGCUUUAAGCUUAGGGUCUGUACCGCAUGACAGCAGCAGUGGAAAGGACCAUGGCCUAACUUUACAUGCACUCAAGUGGACAAACCUGCAGAAAUCAUCAAAGGAAGAAGUACCUUCCCAAACGUAUGAAUCAUUAUCGAAUAGCACGGAGAAAGGUAUUGCAAAGGGUUCUGCGCCUUCUUCUUUGGAAGCAGGGAGUAGGGAACAGAAGAACAAUCAUCAUGAGAGUGAAUUUUCGGAUGUUGCGCAUGACGAUUCGGCGGAGUUGAUGUGCUCAGACAUCGCCGACCAGGCAUUGUACGAUAGCUACGCAAGUCUACAGUGUAUCGACGGCAGUAUGCACCUUUCUCUUGGAAGGCGUUGCCCGGAUGCGAAGAAAGAGAAAUCUCGCCAGAGUAAAAGCAAACUAUUUUUUGCCUUUCGCUAUUUCAUUGACUUCUCCUUGUUUCGGAACACCAGAUACAUGCUGUUUUUAUUUUCCACAAGUCUUUCCAUGGUGGGUUUCGUUAACGUGACGAUAUAUCUUAUUCCUCGCGCUGAGGAGUACGGAAUCAGUCGUGAUAAGGCUGCACUAUUUUUGACCAUCGCAGGAGGAUGUGAUAUCUUUGGUCGAUUGAUACAGGGACUUAUAUCUGAUGUAAAAAAAAUCGGGCCGGACCGAGUGAUGAUGACGGGACUCUGUCUUAUGGGCAUAGCUACGUUACUUCUGCCUCUGGCACAUACCUUCAACACCAUGACUGCAUACAUGGUUAUUUUUGGCCUCAUUGGAAGUUCGGGUCACAUUCUAAGCUUGCCAAUAGUAAUGAAAUUCGUCGAAGAAGAGCGCAUGCCCCGUGCUAUGGGCUUGGUAGUAUCAUCUCAUGGAAUUUCUAAUAUUGUAUCGCCCCCACUCCUAGGUUUUAUCAAAGACAAGACGGGGACUUAUGACAGCACACUGUACGUGUGUGGUGCCUGUCAGCUGAUAGCCAGUGGUCUGAUGCUGCUUGAAUCUCUGCUCAGGGUGAAAGAGAACUGUGGCAACCCCCCAAAACGGCAGGAAGAAAGGUAG